AUGUCAUAUGUCACCAGGAAUGGCAGUAAGGUGCAUUCAGGGACUCACAAUGAAGAGAUUUUUACCCGUGAUGGGUAUAAGGUUCUGGCACUUACCACUGCCUUACUUGGUCUUUUGGGAUUCUGUAAUAACUUGUUAGUACUAAUUCUUUAUUGUAGAUUCAGAACACUACGGACUCCCUUAAACCUUUUACUGGUGAAUAUCAGCUUCAGUGAUUUGAUAUUGUCCCUUUUUGAUGUUACUUUUACUUUUGCCUCUUGUGUGAGCCAGCAGUGGAUCUGGGGUGAAGCCGGAUGUGUUUUUGCUGGAUUCUGCAAAACUCUACUAGGUAGUGUGUCAGUCUUUACACUCACGGUGGUAGCAUAUGAGCGCUAUGUUCGAGUUGUGUAUGAUAAAGUCAUCGAUUACAUAUGGUCAGGCCAGGCAAUCAUGUGUGUUUGGCUGUAUUCACUGGCCUGGACUGCAGCUCCGUUACUCGGAUGGAACAAAUACAUCCUUGAACUCCAUGGGUUAGAUUGCUCUUUAGACUGGAUAUCAAAAAAUCCCAAAGAAUCCUCAUUUAUUCUACUUUUCUUCCUUACUGGCAAAGUGAUACCCGUGGGCAUUAUGACAUAUUGCUAUGGGUACAUUUUAUAUUCCAUCAGAAUGAUCAGGAACAUCCACAUGCUACAAACAAGUCACAUACUGAAAAUUCUGCACUAUGAAAUAAAAGUGUCCCAAAUGUGCUUCUUGAUGAUGUUGGCAUUUCUCAUUUGCUGGAUGCCUUAUCCAGUGGUGUCUCUUUUGGCUAUGUGUGGAUAUGGAAACAUGAUUACGCCAACAGUAGCCAUUGUACCCUCUUUCUUAUCCAUCUUCAGUACUGCAACAAAUCCUGUUAUCUACAUAAUAAGCAAAAAGUUCAGGCAAGGGUUCCUGAAGCUCUUCUGUUUAAAGUGUUUGAGAAUCCAAGCAAUGGCUGUGAAUUUGAGAAAGAAGACGGCUGGAAAGAUGCGUAAAGGUGGAAACAGACGGAAGCAGAGAGUCACUUUCAGUUCAUCCUCUCUUAGCGCCAUUAUGACGACCGGUGAAACGGGCACACAACAAUCCAUUAAAAACACCGAAAGCAUUCAUAGAACUAACGUUAAAAUAAUAUAUGUGCAGCCACUAUAAUUUCAUUAUAUCACUACUAAGAAGUACUGUACAUUUGGGUUGGUAUCAGAAGACCGGAGUUUGGGAUCCCAGGUCACCAUACAGACCCCAGAAUCCUGGUCGUCAGGUUGCUUGUGACAGG